CAUCUUUUGGCAAACAUUUAUAAUGAGCCAUUCCAUUAGAUAUGUUGGUUGAACGUGCCCGUUGAUCUUGUUAUCCACUAAGGAUGAUCCGUGUGUUCUAAAAAUAAAAUAAAAUUACAGUUCUUGGAGUUAGCUGUGGACUAGUGCACAACAAGGCUGUGUCGCAGUCCAACAUCAGCAGAACCGCGAGUUACUUGUGCGUAAAACAAAUUACAGGUGGCAUGCCAGUAGUAUGAUUUAUCAAGGUAGACCUUGCUCUUGCAAAGAUCGAUGGUUUUGCGUGCGUUUUGUUAAACCUGUUCAGAUUGUGUUACCAGGGUUACGGGUUACCGUGUUUAUCGCGUACAAUGCCCUUAUAAACCGACGCACGUGAAAUUUGCAUUGUAAAUUAAUUGAUCUCAUUUGCAAAAACCGUGCCUUUGAAGAGCACAAGAUACAUGAUUCAAACCGAUCAAACAGUUGAACAGCAACGGUUGCCGGUAGUGACGAUCAAUCGACAGCAACAUCUCGCGUGUCUCAGACAUCCUUUCUCCUUGUGCAGAUUGCGUAUGACGCAUUUUUUUGUUUUAUUGUGUUUUUCAAUUUGAAAACUUUCUUCCAAGAAUUUGGGUGUUGCGAUGUCCUUUCUACGAACGUUUCGUCCGAGUCUGAUACUAAGCACCGCUCCACCACCUUCGAACGGUGCUGAACGUGAAACGAUGCGCACUGGUGCGCCUUCGAAGCAGGCUGUAACUACUCCGGUAAAAGCGACUUCCAGUGGCAGUAGGAAGAAUUCCACGUCUAGUCGAACGAUCACAGAAGAACCUGACCGGCAGUUCAAUGCAGGCCGGCGAAGUAGCAGUAACAGUGUUGGUACGAUGCAAAACCGUGGUGGAAUGAAGCACAGUGCAUCGUCAUCGUCAGGUCGCUACGGGAAAGAAAAUCCGGCGCCGAUCGUUGUUUACCUCGAUAAGCAACCAAGCGGGAAGAAGCAACCGAUCAGCAUCCUGCGAACGAACACAUUCACACGCCAUGAUGAGGAACCGGAACGUGUGCGGCAUGCAAUCACUCGAAGUGAUACGUUUACAAUCAACGAGACGAACGAAGAGCCGAUCAACACAGGUACCUACACCAGACCGGCAAAAAUCCUGGCACCGACGACAGAUGUGUUUGAGCCGCUGUAUGCGAAGAACAUUAUGUUACACUCUCAGGAAAAAUUACCGGCGGUGGUAGAUUCGCGCACUUACCGCAAAAAGUCGUUCAAAUCUUCCAAGCCGGUACAGAAGGUGGAAAGCUUCAUAAAACGAUUCGAAAGAACACUUUUCAACAAAGGUGGUAAUAAUGGAAGUGAUUCCAAACGAAACGGUUCGCGAAAAGGUUCCACCGCGUCGGAAACGACAAUCGUUCCCGCACCCCGCUUCCGUGACGUCGGUAUCAACUGCAAGCUGGAUGAGGAGGAAAAGUUUAAAGCAAAGCUAGAAGCGAUCAAGCAAUCGCGCCAAAACUCACGUGAUUCACUUUUCAGCUACCGAGAGCGCAGUUUAUCACCUGGCAAGCAAAGAUUUUUCACCACGGGCACGUACGAUCGUCGAUCCUCGCCUUCCAUGUCGGUGCAACCGCUGAAGGAGGAUGCAAACAGUUACAACAAAGGUAGGGAUAGUACCUCGCCCCUGCCCGCCGUAACCGGGAGUCGUUCAACACUUUACCAACCGACUGAAAGUAGCUUCCUGAAAAGCAAACAAAAGGAAAUCGAAAUGGGUUACAGUGUGGUAAAUAAAAAGCAGCCGCCAUUUUACCUUGAGACCUCAAAUACCGCAAAACAGCCAACGCCCGUACGUGGGAAAACAAAGUCUGAAAGUGAUCAUCUAUGGCGAUCGGGCCGCGAUGCAGAAGAGGACAGAUCGGUCAAUAACAUUCGAGAUCGGCGCUACAGCCAUGAUAAUACAUCGGCAACACGGUACUCGGCACGUCGGGAUACGUAUCAAACGCUGAAGGAUGAGUACGAACGGCAGCAGCACCUGCAGCAGACACAGCCCAACAAACCAGUUGGAAUCGCUAGUCCUCGGAUGAGUGCGAUACGUCCAGUGGACGUGCCACCAUCACCACCAUCACCAUUAGCCGCGCGCAAAGAAUCGCAGACCGAAUUGCCGAAGUACACGUUUGGAACCGAUCUGCAGCAGCGUCGCAGCCGAUUCCAGCAGUUCCAAAAAUCCUUCAAAAAGAUGGAUGACAGCGCGUCCGAAGUAUCGGUCCAGCAGAGUUUCUUUGUGCCCAUCUAAGGAUCUCCGAAUAUCCAGAGAUGCACGUGCUACCGCUUGUUUUUUUCCUUUCGCUUCGAUCAUGACAAUAAAUAGUAUUUUUGCCCAGCA